GAUCAAUUCGUUUUGUUAAACGUUCAGAAUAGGGCCUGUUGUUGACAUCCCUCGACAAGAAUAAUAGCUCUCCUGCUUCCUGCUUUCAAGAUAAGCUCAACGAACCGAAACAGGCCUAAUAAUGGACAGAAUUCUCUAGAAAAAUCUGGAUAGCACAGUUUGUAUUGUUUGGCGCCGUUGAAAAGCGUACGUCAUCGGCCAAUGGGAGAGCUUCUAGAGAAUUCGACGCGCUCCUAUUGGACGGUUCUUGUUGAGACCCUUCCACAAGCUUCUAGAGCGUUCCAUGAAGUUAUAAAAAGGCUACGUGACGAGCGGCAUUCAUCAUUUGAGUAAAACGCAUUGUUGAACGUGUUCAGUGUGUGUGAUCUUGUAUUUUGUGUGUAGUUUCUCCAACUUUUGAAACAAUGUCUCUGCUACCAUAUCUUUUUGAAGAAUUGGUCGACGAACUGCAAUCUCCAACAAUCUACGAUCAACAUUUCGGUCUGGGUUUGCGAAACGACGAUUUGCGUCGUCCAUCUCGCCGGCUGUUAGCCGCUCCACUCCAUUGCGGCUAUAUUCGUCCCUGGAGGCAUGUGAAUUCAGCCGACAGCGGCGUUUCAACCAUCCAAGACGACAAGACCAACUUCAAAGUCAACCUGGAUGUCCAGCAGUUCAAGCCUGAAGAGAUCUCAGUGAAACUGUCGGGAGAUAACCUCAUCAUAGAAGGCAAACACGAAGAACGCAAGGACAAUCACGGCUACAUUUCCCGUCAAUUCAGUCGCCGCUACAAGCUGCCUGAAAACGUCGACCUGCAGAAAUUGGAGUCGAAGCUGUCGUCGGAUGGAGUCCUGACCCUGGUUGCACCGAAGAAGGUUGAAGCCAUCAAGGGUGAACGCGCCAUUCCCAUCAUCAAAACCAACCAGCCCGCCUUGAAGCAGACGGCCCAGGACAAACCAGCUGGAGAACAGGCAGCCCAGGAUAAAAUGGAAACAUGAUUUCAAUUUAUGUAAGCACCAAACAUUUUAAUAUUCAUCAUCACCCAUCAUUUCAUGUAUUGAAGACUGAUAAAGUACCUACCUUAGAGACUGAUAAUUUUUGCUUCUUUCAAUAUAGAAUUCAAUGUUUUAAAGUGUCCAUGAAGAAGCUUAUAUGCAGUAUUUCCUAUUCAAAGAACAGUCAUAUUCGUAUAAAUGUUUUUUUGUUGCUGUUUUUUAAUUUCCAAAUAAAAUACUCAAUUUAAAAUAA